UCUUCUAAUCUCUUCUUCAGGGCUCAAUUAAUUUCCACUUGCUCAUCAAAUUCUGAGUCCUUUUCUUUUCUUUUCUUUUUUUUUUUUUAAUCUUUUUCUUCCAAAAAUACUUAGGAUAACUAAAAUACAUAAAUAAUCAAAAAAUCAUUACAAUAUAGUAUCAUAAAAAUAAAGCAUGGCAUUACCUCAAGAGUUAAGCAAGAAUAUAAAACUAGAAAGGUACAACAGUUAUAUACACCGUGUAAACAAUAAUACAAAACUAUUAGCAGCUUCUUCCAAGCUUCUAUUUAGGGCAACCCUUUUGGUGGCACUUCUACUUGUAUUCUUCUUUACCCUUAAUUACUCUGCUGGUAUUGGUAGUGAUGAUGGUCAAAAUGCAUCUAUUCAUAUAACCAAUCGGUUAUUCAAUUCGGGCUUUUACGGGUCUGGAGCCACCUGGGAAAAACAGGUGCGUCAGUCCUCUACCCCACAACGCCCGAACGGAUUUUCUAUACUUGUUACUGGCGCUGCGGGGUUUGUUGGCACCCAUUGCUCGAUCGCCCUGAAAAAACGGGGCGAUGGAGUAUUGGGAUUGGACAAUUUCAACACUUAUUAUGACCCAUCUCUUAAACGGGCUAGGCAAAACUUACUGACAAGGCAUCAAAUCUUUAUAGUGGAAGCAGAUCUAAAUGACACCCCAAUGUUGAACAAGUUGUUUGACAUAGUUCCCUUCACCCAUGUGCUCCAUCUAGCGGCCCAAGCUGGAGUCCGUUAUGCUAUGAAAAACCCACAAUCCUACGUUCAAUCCAACAUUGCGGGCUUUAUUAACCUUUUAGAAGUAGCAAAGGCCGCUGACCCGCAGCCCGCCAUCGUUUGGGCCUCUUCGAGUUCUGUCUAUGGGCUUAAUAAAGAUAAUCCAUUCUCGGAAAUUGACCGGACAGACCAGCCCGCUAGUCUUUAUGCUGCCACAAAAAAGGCCGGGGAAGAAAUAGCCCAUACUUAUAACCAUAUAUACGGGAUUUCCCUUACCGGGCUUCGGUUCUUUACUGUUUAUGGCCCGUGGGGUCGACCUGACAUGGCUUACUUUUUUUUCACUAAGGACAUUUUGCAAGGAAAGCCCAUUAGUAUAUAUAAGACCCAUGAUGGACAUGAGGUGGCGCGUGACUUCACGUAUAUUGAUGAUAUUGUGAAGGGUUGCGUUGGGGCGCUUGAUACGGCUGAGAAGAGUACCGGAAGUGGUGGCCAAAAACGAGGCCCGGCACAAUUGAGGGUUUACAAUUUGGGUAAUACUAGUCCGGUUGGGGUUGGGAAGCUAGUUUCUAUAUUGGAAGGGUUGUUGAAUGUUAAGGCUAAAAAACAUGUGAUCACAAUGCCAAGAAAUGGAGAUGUGCCCUUUACACAUGCUAAUGUUACCUUGGCCCGAAAAGAUUUCGGGUACAAGCCUACUACGGAUUUGGCUACCGGGCUAAGAAAGUUCGUUAAAUGGUAUGUUGGUUAUUAUGGGGUACAAUCAAGGGUAAAAAAGGAAAGCCCUUUAAGUACCGAAUGAUUAACUAAUGAAAAUUAAUGAAUAGUUUAAUACUAUUGUCUGUCCUUCUGAUUUGCUACUAAAAGUGAUUUUUUCUUUCAUAAUAUGUCAUUUUUAAUAGCAAACUUUUCUAUUUAGUUUUUUUAUGAAAAAUAUCAUUUUUGGUUGGGGAUGAAUGAAGAUGAUAUACUAUACAUAUAGAAACUUCAUAAGUGUUUAUAAUAUAUCCAAAAAAGUGUAAAGCCCAGGUGAUCUCGAGGGGAUUUGGAUAAUGAUCUUCUCUUAAAGUAGAGUAGAUGAGAUACCAAAAAUAUAUUAAAAUGUUAAUUAAAAUUGUAUAAUUUUGGAAUUAAGACUCUGACUUAUUAUUGUUGUUGUAUUGAAAUUGUAUAAUCAAAAGAAUAUAUGACAUCAAUUAUAGUUUUGUUCCUAAA